GACAGUUUGAAACCUGAACUCACCAGCUUGCAACGAAGGUGUGGUGAGGAGGAAACGACGUAGGCGAUGGCGCGAGCGCGAGCGCGAGACGAAAAGAAGCCCUUCUCCCUCCGCACAGAAUAAUUUCUCCUAUCUCGACCUCGUCCACUCUUAUGACCUGUCUCUCUCACCUUUCUCGGCCGAGCUACGUAGCCGAAUAAAGGAAAUUUGUAUCAUAUCUCGGAGGUAAUUGUGGGAAGAACCCUAAUCCGUGGUCAUGAACGCCAAUCUGAUCCCUCCACCGCCGAGGAAGAACGGCCUUGCCACACGCCACGGACCGUCGUCGGCGAAGAAGGGUACACCCUCGGAGAAUGGCGGCAGCACGACGCCUGCUAAUGGGAGCAUCUCCAAGCCGUCAUCCCCUAAGAAAACUCCUAAUGAGAGGACUGUGAAGAAGCUUAGGCUUUCGAAAGCCCUUACCAUACCAGAGGGAACAACGGUUUCCGACGCUUGCAAGAGAAUGGCUGCCCGGAGAGUCGAUGCUGUUCUUCUCACGGACGCGAAUGGGCUUCUAUCUGGAAUAGUUACCGAUAAGGACAUUUCAACGAGGGUAGUAGCAGAUCAACUGAGGCCCAAUCAGACUGUUGUAUCGAAGAUUAUGACUAAAAAUCCACUGUUUGUGAUGGCCAACACACUUGCAAUCGAAGCACUGCAGAAGAUGGUCCAAGGGAAAUUUAGGCAUCUUCCUGUUGUUGAAAACAGCGAAGUUAUUGCUAUGUUAGACAUCACAAAAUGUCUGUAUGACGCUAUAUCAAGAAUGGAAAAGGCUGCUGAGCAGGGUAGUGCCAUAGCAGCUGCUGUGGAAGGGGUCGAGCGCCAGUGGGGUAGUAAUUUUUCAGCUCCUUCUGCUUUCAUAGAAACUCUUCGGGAAAGAAUGUUUAAACCUUCUUUGUCAACUAUUGUCACUGAGAACUCAAAAGUUGCAGUUGUAUCUCCUUCUGACCCUGUUAUUGUUGCUGCCAAAAAGAUGCGUGAAUUUCGAGUUAAUUCGGUGAUUGCGGUUACAGAAAACAAGCCUCAGGGAAUCCUUACAUCAAAGGAUGUUCUUAUGCGAGUGGUUGCACAAGACCUUCCUCCUGAACUAACUUUGGUAGAGAAGGUAAUGACUACAAACCCAGAAUGUGCCACACUGGACACUACAAUUCUUGAUGCUCUUCAUAAGAUGCAUGAUGGGAAAUUCCUUCACCUUCCGGUGUUGGAUAGAGACGGACAGAUUGUGACUUGCUUGGAUGUUUUGCAAAUAACUCAUGCUGCGAUUUCCAUGGUUGAGGGAAGUUCUGAUACGGCAAAUGAAAUGGCAAACACUAUGAUGCAGAAGUUUUGGGAUUCCACGCUUGCUCUUGAGCCAGCUGAUGAGGAGUUUGAUACACAAAGUGAACUAUCUGGUAUGAUGGCAUCCGAGCAUACAGAUACUGGAAGAUCGAUGUAUCCUCCUGUUGCAGGGAAUUCAUUUUCCUAUAAGUUUGAGGACCAGAAGGGACAAAUGCAUAGAUUCAAUUGUGGUACCGAGAGUCUAGCUGAGCUUGUUGCUACUGUAUUGCAGAGAAUGGGGCUUGGCGAUGAUAAUAAAGAUGAUAUUCAACUGUUGUAUGAAGAUGAUGAACGUGACAAAAUUUUACUCACAGCAGAUGUUGAUCUUGUUGGAGCUGUUAGCCAAGCCAGAUUAGCUGGUUGGAAGGUUCUAAGAUUGCAUAUUGAAAGCAGGAGAACCAAAACUGAAGCAGCAAAGCCUGCUUUAAAUGCAGAAGUGUUGCAAACAAGUGAAUGGGCAUCCUCCUUCAAAUCUGGCAUUUUUGCAAGCGCAGUUGUACUAACUGGCAUUGGAAUAAUGGUAUACUUACGAAGGUCCAGGGUAUGAUCUAUACAAUAUAUCAGCACAUAAAAGGCAAAGCCCGUAUGAUAUGCAAUUCAAAUAUGGAGAUACAUUAGUUUUCUUGAUCAACUAGAGCUCCAUCACUAUGAAAUUAGAAUGGCACAUAUGGUCGGCAUCUACAAAGGAUUUUUUACACUAUAACAUGAUUACAAUAUCUGCUGUAUAAGGCCAUCUCCAACCCAAAAACUCAAUUUUAACUCCAAAAUACAGUAACUUUACUUCAA